UCCAAAAACUGACAGACCACCGGGAGAUAGAUUUUGUACUAUCCAAAAGCAAGGACCAAUUUAACGACUUGAUGAGUGAGUCGGCGACGUCGUCUCGAGAGCCAGACAAAGCAGGGCUGGUGGAAGGUCAAAGGAAAAGAAAGAGGACCAUAUUCAGUCGCGCGCAAUUGUCAGAAUUGGAGAGAGCCUUUGUAGUGACACCAUACCCCGACAUUACACUACGGGAGAGGCUAGCUGCCCUCACACAUUUACCUGAGAGCAAGAUACAGGUGUGGUUCCAGAACAGACGGGCUAGAAGCAUAAAGAGCGGGAGACUGAGCAGGCCAGGGAAAAGGAGCCCGGGAAGAGAGGAGCCCACCAGCCCCUCCUCCCUCUGCCCCGCGUUCACCCCCGCCAAACUGGGGGGCCUGGGUGGCCCGGAGCAGUACCAGGGCGACGGCAGGCGGCAGACCUACUCGGAUUGGGUCAGGCACUACAGCAGGACAGCUUCCCAUCUCGCCCAGCCCUCCACACCAGCCUCUCCCGACCUUCCCGAGGCUGUGCUCUGGGAGGACGGCCAUCGCCCCCACGCACCCCUAUUGGCCAGUGCCAGACAUGUCUGGCCCACCCCGCAGAGGUGGGAGGAGUUUAGCCAGCUGUGUGCAGCCAGCCCAGGGUACAGGCACCCCAGGCCCCAGCCUCACUCAGCCACUCAGGGCAAGUACAGCUGUGCCUCCGUAGACCAGGUGGUUCCCACCCACCCACAGCAGAUGUACUGGGACAUCCCCCACGGGCAGGACCAUGCCAUGGCCGGACCCCAGACUUCACUUGGCUAUAUCUCUGACCUGAUCUACAAUGCUGCCGUUGUCACUAAUCUGCUUGAGUUCUGAUUGACCAACAUGUACACACAUGUAAACGCACAGUCUCAGUCACA